AAGACAAAAACAACACUGGGGAGCAGCAGCAGCGGCAGCGACGUUUCCUCAAAGUCGUAACAUUUUUCACUCCGCUCGACGCUAUAUUUUCUGUACGAGAGAGAUUCCCGGGAUUUACGUAACCCCAAGCAGACGGAGGCUGAUCUCAGCGAAGACAUCAUCGAGUUUCGAGUGAUUCACCCACGCCGAGCAGCAGCAGCAGCAGCGUCGUGGUGGUGCAGAAACCGGAACACAAAGCAAUGUCGCGAUCCGCUCAAGACAUAGCAGCGCUGCUGCGCGGCCUGCGUCUGGUGGCGGAGGCAUGUGGGCGCGAUCAGCUCGCCCACGGUCGUCACCUUUGGAGCAAUUCGAGCAUACGCGACCUGAUCGUUGAGAAUGCCACACAGACGGCGGAUUCAUUACGCAAAACUGGCCAAAAUCCUACCGAGGAGCUAAAGAAACUACAACAAGCUGUGCUGGAAACUGGAGAGCGUGGCUACGUGGUGGCCAAGGGAUUGUGUUCGCUGUUGGAAACCCAAGUGAAGAUGUCGCAAAGUGAGAGAAGCAAUGAAAAUCAUCAGAAAUCAACAUCAUCAUCACCAAUAGCUUCAUCUGUAACUGGAAAAUCUGUCACACGCUCCGAUUGGGAUGCUGCCAACCUGGAUAUAUCCUCCAUAACCCUUCAAGAGUUCGAGGAGAUCCUCCAACGACGCCACAAGGAUCGGAAUGUGAGUCUACGCACUCCCACCACCAAAAUCAGUCAGAGUCAAGCUCUUAAAACCCACGAGGAAGUCCCAAAGGAGUCUUUGAAGAAACCCAGCGAAGGACUCAUUGAAGAGGACACUCAAUAUGUGGACAAUGUCUUGCGAUUUGUGGCGGGAGCUCAACCCAAAACCAAGGGAGAGACCUCUCCUAAAACCCAGACAGAACCCAUUGAUGUGCCCGAACUUAGCAAAGUGGCCAAGCAACGCAAAGUUCCUUCGUCCCGCCUGGGUCGCAUGGCCUCUUUUGGUGGCCUGUUUGCUGGCCUUGGUAUUGGCACCCUCAACGAGCUGACCAAGGGUGCUUUGGGUUUGGGUGGCUCCACCAGCAUGCGUGAAGCUUUACUAAGUCCCGCCAAUGCUGAACGCAUUGUGGACACUCUGUGUAAGGUGCGAGGAGCUGCUCUAAAGAUUGGACAAAUCCUAAGCAUCCAGGACUCUAGUGUGGUCUCGCCACAACUGGCCAAAGCCUUUGAGAGGGUACGCCAGGCGGCUGACUAUAUGCCCGAUUGGCAGGUGGAACGUGUGAUGAACACCCAGCUGGGUCCCGAGUGGCGUCAGCGUUUGAGUCAGUUUGAGGAUAAACCCUUUGCCGCCGCCUCCAUUGGACAAGUGCAUCGGGCCACCUUGGCUGGCAAUGGCAUGGAUGUGGCCAUUAAAAUACAAUAUCCUGGCGUGGCCCAGAGCAUUGAGAGUGAUAUUGAUAAUCUGGUGGGCAUGCUCAAGGUGUGGGAUGUCUUUCCGCAGGGUUUCUUCAUCGACAAUGUGGUGCGAGUGGCCAAAAGGGAGCUGCAGUGGGAGGUGGACUACGAUCGUGAGGCGGAAUAUACGGAAAAGUUUCGGGAGAUGAUUGCGCCGUAUCCGGAGUACUAUGUGCCGCAGGUGAUACGCGAUUUGACCACAUCGAGUGUCCUCACCACUGAACUGGUGCCGGGCGUUCCCCUUGACAAGUGCUUUGACCUCAGCUAUGAACAUCGCUCCCACAUCGCCGCCUCUGUCCUGAAGCUGUGCCUACGCGAGCUCUUCGAGAUCGAGUGCAUGCAAACGGAUCCCAAUUGGUCCAACUUCCUCUACGAUGCUCCCAGUCGACGGCUAAUGCUCAUUGACUUUGGUUCAACGCGGUUUUAUCGGCACGAGUUUAUACGCAAUUAUCGCCAGGUGAUCAUGAGUGCCGCCGAUGACAACAGACAGGGCGUCUUGGAGAUGUCCCGCCAGAUGGGCUUCCUCACGGGCUAUGAGACCAAGCAAAUGGAGCAGGCCCAUGUGGAUGCAGUGAUGAUUCUGGGCGAGAUCUUUCGAUAUGAUGGGGAAUUUGAUUUUGGAAAGCAGAAUACCACCGAGAGGCUGGCCGCUUUGGUGCCCACCAUGGUGGCCCAUCGUCUGUGUCCGCCGCCCGAGGAGAUCUACUCCAUACACCGGAAGCUUUCGGGGAUCUUUCUGCUGUGCGCCAGGCUGAAUGUUCGCCUCAACUGUGUGCCCUUCUACAAGGAUAUCGUGCUGGGCAAGUUUAAGGACUAACGUUGGGGGAGAUGAAUAUAUUGCUGAACAAAAAAUUGUUAACCUUUGUUUUAUUUUCCUAAUUUUUUUUUUUACUUAAUAAAAACAUUGAAAAUGUAAUGAUGGAACUGGUUAAGGGAGACCUAAGUGCCUUGUUUUUUGUAUUAAAUAUUAAAUAGUUAAUCCUUGCAAAUAUUGUUAAACAAAGACAGGUUAA